AAGGAUUGCCACGACAUCGAGCGCAGCCAGCAGCAAGAAGAUCUACACCGCCAUAGCAAGCAGCCGAUUAUCCAGGGCAGACAAACAAGACCACGAUCCAGGAUAGCCGCCGCCGACCACACGCGUGACGGGCUCGCGAUGCUUGGCGGGCAUCGUGUCCAUCAAGGUGCUCACGCUGCGCAAGUUCGCACAAUUGACGUCGAGCAACCAUGAACCCCUCUACUACCUCGACCUCCGGCAUUCUGAGCCAUCAAUGUGCUUGAUUCUUCUUCUUGCCUUCACUUCUUGACACGCCAUAUUGCGAAACCAGAGGCUCGUUUGUGGUGGCAGCAUUCGUCGAGAGACACGCGUAGUACCGGAAGCGGCACCCCCACGGACCUUUCCACUGCCUCCACCCACGGCCAACACAAGCUUCUUGGUACAAAGGCUGAAAGGUCUCGAACUACCUUCUGCCCAAAUCCAAGGGUCUUGCGCACGAUCCACCUGUAUCGACGAGCCGCAAUCAGGUGUGUGGUAGAGAGGAGUCGUCAAGCAUGACGAGGUUCGAGGAGAGUGCUCUUCGCAAUAGCGUCGCUGAGCAGAAUCCCUCGACGCUGCCUUAUUGGCAUCCCUCCAGCCAGUUCUCCUCUCUGAUCAGUCCGGACAAUGGCCAAAGCGAUCAGUUACAAUACCAGGCUCUUGCGAGCGAGCAAAUGCCCCCACCUUCGCAGCAUUCCAGCAGCGAGCAGUCGACGGCAUAUUCACCGUUCAGUGACAUCUCGCAAUUGGCGCAGGAAUUCGCACAGGCAGAGCAGUCUUCAUCGGCGCAAUACAGUCCUUUGGUAUCAGUCAAGACGCCUACCGGAACACGGACCGUACGGAGGCCUGGCCUGGCUGGAGCAUCGGCCUUGGUCUGUGGACGCUACUGCUGCCAUUGGACCAUAGAUGGCGCAGCAUGCCACCAACAGUUCGAAGAUGCGAAGACGCUGAACGAACACAUUCGCUCUCACCAUGUGCGAGGCGCUGGGAGCUUCACAUGUCAAUGGCAAGGCUGCAACAAAGGCUCAUUUCCCACGGCCAACAAACUGGUCCGACACGUUCAUUCGCACACUGGAUACAAGCCCUUUCAAUGUCCAAGCUGUACACAGGCUUUCGUGACUAAGGACCAACUGGACAAGCACCUCACAACGCACACUGGAGCCAAAGACUUCGUAUGCAGUUGGCCGGGUUGCGGGCGCUCGUUUGCAGUAAAGCACGCACUCGACGGCCACUUGAACAGUGUUCACUUGAAAGCGAAGAAGCAUGUCUGCCCGCAUUGCUCGCAAGCUUUCGACGAUUCAUCAAACCUUUCAAAGCAUAAGAAGCAGGUCCACAACCCAGAGACUGGCAUCAAGUGCCCAGCCAGGCACAGCCAUGGAUGCACAUAUGUCGACAGUCGAAAAGACAAGAUGAAGGAACACUGCGAACGCGAAUGCCACGGCCUAGAAAUCGCCAACGACCCUCACAAAUGGAAUCUCUACGUCCAAGGAUUCAAAUCCGCCUCAAAGAAAGCCGAAUCUCGCCGAUCCCGAGACAUCAGCGGCACGCCCAUGUCCCGCGCCUCCAGCAUCUCGAGUAUACCGUUCGCUCCCACUCCCUUUCGAGUGCCAGCGUUCGAAUGCAGUAAGCAGGACUGCAACAUUCCUGUAUGCAUUCCUUGCAACCUUGAUUGCAACGAUUAUCAUGACUUAUUUCCUGAUUACCAUCUCCAGCCGUGCGAUGAUGCUGCUUGCGAUCCCUGCGAUCCUUGCAAUGAUCCCGACUGCGAAGAAGCUACGAGGCAGGAGUGCAACGGUGGUAUCGAACCUUGCACGAUUCAACAUCAUGAUGAAAUUCCACCUUGUACGAUUCAACAUCAUGAGCCUUGCACACUUCAACAUGGUGCUUCUUGCUCGAUACAUCCUCAUCAGGCUGUUGCUUGUACGAUUCAACAUCAUGAGCCUUGCAGGAUACCGGAUUGUCGGAGUGCGACUUCGACGCCUUCGGUAUCGCAACCUCCUACGCCGCAUGGACAGCAGGCGUUUUACGCUUAUCAUCCGAUUAGUGGGCAUGGGCAGAAUGAGACGGGGUUUCAGGAUGCUGAGCAUCCUUUUCAGCUGAGUACAGCACAGCUCGAUGAGUAUAUGUUUAUGAACCAAUGACACUGGGAUAAAGGGAUAGAGGGCGGAGCGUGACAUGAUAGAGAGUGUGCUUCAGGGAUGGGAGCGAAGUACGAUUGGGGCACGAUGAGGUACUGGCAGACGGAGCAUGACGGGGACAAUUAACGUCCGCCGUAUCGAGACGAUUCAACGCAUGCGAAUUAGAUACCCAACGAUCUUCUUGAAUGCAUUUUAGCCAUGAACUUAUUGUUACA